AUGCCUGCGAGCAUCAUGAAGGACGAUGACGAUGGCGGACCGCGAUUUGCUGGAGGAGCUUGUCAUACCUUUGAAGACAAAGGGUUCGAGUUUGACACGGGUCAUCAUUACUCACCUUACUUGAACCCAGCAAACCCUCUUCAUGUGCUUGUCAACAUCGCAGUUGGUGGGAAAAUGGACUUUAUUCGCAUGCUAAAGGACGAUGUAUAUUGCGAUGAGGUUACGAUCGGCUACGCACCAGGAGAAACGAAAAGAAGUUAUUACCUCACAGCAGGUGAUGUGAAGACUUGGAUUGAGGAUUUGACGAGACAGUUUCCUCAAGAAGAAGAAACCAUAAAAAAUCUGUCAAAGGACGUGAAAAUGGGAUGGCUCAAGUUCGCACCAUUCAUUCUCAUACGCAUGAUUCCGCAAUGGCUUGCCAGAUUUAUUCUCCGAACUGGUUUGAUUGAUUUGAUUACCAAUUACAGGAAGCUAAACAGAAGAACAACCAAGGAAGUUUUCAAAGAUAUAACGAAAAGAAGUCCGGAUAUGAGCAUGGUUUUGCAAUUACUUUCAUUCGAUGUUGUUCCGGCAAAUCAAUGGCCUUAUCCUUUCUGGACUUUUGUGGCUGCGAUCAUGUCUGGAGGAAAUCUGUAUCCAAAGGGCGGGUCGUCGGAAUAUUCGUACCGAAUGUGUAGAGAAAUCGUGGAACGUGGAGGUAAAGUGCUGGUGAAUGCACUAGUGGAUAAAAUAAUCGUAGACCCAGCAAAUAAUCGGGCUUGUGGUGUGACUGUGUCAAAGGGAUCAAGAAAUGUGGACGUCUAUGCACCCAUAAUUAUUUCAUCAGCAGGGGCCAAAGUGACAAUUGACAGCUUGUUGCCAUCCAGUGCACUGAAUCACAAAGAAAAUUUUGAUUGGGUUCAAGAAAAUCGAAAACAUAUCAAUAAUUCAGCUCACACGUAUUUCCACGUGUUCAUGGGUUUACGCGGACCUGCCGAAGAGCUGGGUUUAUAUGCUCAUUCCUGCAGGUUUUUCGCUACCAAUGAAAGCCUCGGGGAGAUAUUCGAGAGGUAUGAAAAAUUAACUUUCGAAGAAGCAAUGGAAGCUGAAAUACCGAUGAUCACGUUUCUGUCCUGUCCCAGCGUCGUUGAUCCGACGUAUGAAGUAAGACACCCAGGAAAAGGGAUUGUGGAGUUACUUGUUUGUGCGAGCAGUCAAUGGUUCACCCCCUGGAAAGGCGAGAAACUCAUGAAACGUGGAGAUGAAUAUGAAGCUAGGAAAGCGGCUUUCGGACAUAAAGUUGUUCAAACUUUAUACAAGUUAUUUCCACAACUGGAGGACAGAGUGGAAUACUUGAACUUCGGAACAGACCUCACCUGUCACGACUACUUCAAUAGACGAGGAGGUGGGUUCACCAAACUCGUACACAGUCCAGACAGAAUGUCUCUGGAGGCGUCAUUGUGUUUGGGUCCAGAAACACCGAUCAAAGGCGAGAAAAUAGUGUCAAAUCGAAUUCUUGAAUGA